AUGGCGAAAGUCAAACGGCACAUUGUCAAACGAGUCGCUGGCAUCCUGGGCGGCGGCGACCAGCUUGGCAAUGGUCUGGCCGAGGAAGCGCUUGUUUUGGGCCUGGGUGGUGUGGCUGUCACACGAGAGUUUGACGGAUUGCGUGUUUGGGUUGUACCGCGGACCCGCGAUUUUGAUGAGUUUAGUGAUUUGAGGGGGGGUGAGGUGGAGGGUUGGGGAGGGGUGGAGGGAGAGGUCUUGGGGGGAGAAUUCGACGACGACUUUGUUGGAGGCGGGGUGGGAUUCGCCGAGGUACGAGGUGUAGCGGAAGCGGAAGGGGGUUGA